UGAAGGACAGUGAGAAGAUGAGUGAUCCAGAACCCUGCAGAAUUAAACAGGAAGACACUGAAGAACUAAUAGAUGUGAUAGUGAAGGAGGAGAGUGAAGAUGAGGAGAAACAUCAUGUCAGCAGCGGAGAAGAAACUCACACAAACACCGAGCACAGUUUAUUAUUGAGCAGCGCAGCUGUGAACGAUUUCUCCUGCACUCAGUGUGGAAAGAGUUUUGGGUGCAAAUACACUCGCAGCAUUCACAUGAGGAGCCACACUGGAGAGAAACCGUACAGGUGUUCACACUGCGACGAGAGAUUCAGUGAGUUAGAAGACCUGAAAUCACACGAGCACAUUCACUCCAAGGAGAAACUGUUCCACUGCGUUGCUUGCGGGAAGAGUUUCAGGGAUAUAUUUACUCUACAAACACACACGCAAAAAUUUCACGAGCGUUUUUCUUGGCAAAGAGCAUUGGAGCUACUUGAGUUAAUUGAUGGAGACAACUCCGAUCUGGACGUGCCUGACAACGAUGAUCCCGUCCUGGAUGGAAAUUACCAACCAUCACUACAGGAGGAAAGCAACAGUGAAGACGGCAGUGAUGAUGAGGACCCCAUUCCUGAGCCCACUGACCACAGCAGAGGACGUAAACAUGCAGAUGUGCAUGAUAAUGGUUCAUGGACAGGUCAAGAGACCGCUUCAGGUUCAUCCCGCACUCUCAGACGUCGCCGUCAAAGUCAAGAGAUUGAGGCUGAUAGCUCAGAAGAUGACUUGGAAGAGUCAACACCAAGACGAACAAAAAAAAUGAAAAAGGGAGACUCUGAACAAGGAAGUGGGCUACGCUGGAAGGCUGCUCCAUUGACGCCAAACCUGGCAGAGUAUCAGCAUCAGGACGAAACUGAUCUAGACCGACAUGGCUGGACCCCACUAGACUAUUUUGAACAGUACAUGGAUAGAGAUUUGAUGAUGACGAUUGCAGAAUGCUCUAAUGCUAUGUCACUGUCUAAGAGUGGGGAGCCACUUAACGUGACGACAGAUGAGAUUUACCACUUUUUCGGUGCCUGUAUUUUGAUGUCUUGCAUCCGAUACCCAACCAUUAGGAUGUACUGGUCCAAAGCCUUGAAAAUCACUGCCAUCACUGACAAAUUCACACGUGCCAGAUUCUUCAAACUGAGGGGAGCAAUAAAAGUGGUUAUUGAUCAUGAUGUGCCGGAAGACCUGAGAAUGUCAGACAAGUUCUGGAAGGUGAGGCCUUUUCUGGAUCGGAUUCUGCAAGGUUGCUUGUCUCUGAAUCGACCUGAUUGUGCAUGUAUUGGUGAGCAGAUGAUUCCUUUCACAGGAGCCUGUCCGUACAGACAAUAUCUGCCAAUGAAGCCAAACCCAAUUGGCGUAAAGAACUUUGUUUGUGCUACAGCAGAUGGCAUUGUGCUUGACUUUGAGCUGUAUCAAGGCACUGGUUCACUGAUUGGGAAGGUGGAAGAACCAGAGGGCCUGGGUUUAGGAUGCUUAGUCAUUGAGCGUUUGUGCCAAACUCUGCAUCGUGGCACAAAGGUGUAUUGUGACCGGUUCUUCACCACUAUCAAAGGUGCGCAACGAAUGAUGGAGAAAGAGCUUUACAUGACUGGUACAAUAAUGAACAACCGACUCGCUGGAGCGAAGCAUAAGUUACCCAGUGACAAAGCCAUGAUAAGCAUGGGAAGAGGUACGUCAUCAGAAGUUUCCACUGAAGAUGGAAAGUUGUGUGUAGUGAAGUGGUACGACAACAAACCAGUAUUGCUGAUGUCUGUUAUUCAUGGUACACAGCCAGAAGACACCUGCCAGCGCUGGGACAAGAACUUGAAACAAUAUGUCACCGUCUCGCGACCAAGCAUUGUCCGUGAGUACAACAACAACAUGGCUGGAGUCGAUUUGAUGGAUAGAAUGAUAGGUUACUAUCGCAUGAGCACCCGUACUAAGAAGUGGACAAUGCGGAUGGUAAUGCACUUCACAGAUCUGGCUUUAGCCAACAGCUGGCUACUCUACCAAAAAGACCAUGCAAUACGUGCUGGAACAAAAACAAGACCCAUUCAGUUCCUUCAGUUCCGCAUGGAAGUGGCUACGAUCCUCUUGGCCCAACAUCACGGCGCAGAUGCAGACCUUUCGACACAUUCAGAGGAAGAAGAUUCAAACCAGGGAGUGAAACGCCAUGUGACAGAGUUGCCCCAUGUCUCAGUCCGCAGGAGGGCUAAUGCCCACCUCCCAGAGAUGAUCGGCCUAAAAAAUGCAAUGCGCUGCAGACAACUAGGCUGCACUGGAAGAACCCGAGUGCGUUGUAUGACCUGCAAAGUGUUCUUGUGCUUGCAAGUGGAGCGCAACUGUUACUCAGCCUUUCACACAUAAGUGAUGGCAGUGAUUCCCAAGUUGUGUAUAUGUUCCUUGGUUCGUCCAUGUUCUCCAACUCCAUGAAGGUCAAUCAAUAAGGUGACCUCUGGGCCUCUGUAAGCAGGCCUGGUCCUUCAGUGCUCAGUUAUCGCAGCCUUUGAUGGCCCGUUUCCACUGAGUGGUACGGCACGUUACGCUUUUACGGCUGUUUCCACUGUCAAAGGGUACCAAAAAGGGAACCGUACCUUACCUCUUUUUGAUCACCCUUUGCCAACUGGCAAAGAUGCACAGCUGAACGAUAUUGGUUUACAGAGAUACAUCACACGCAGAAGCAGAAGAAUGAAAAACACAGCCGAGACGUUACACCGUAAUACUACAUACAUAUAAUAACAAGCCAUUGUCGACCCGAGCUCAAACAAACCUUUUCGUCUUGAUGAACAGCCACAAAGCAAAGAACAACAAAAUCUGCUGUGUCCUGUUGUCGUUUUGCGAGCCGGUCUAAAGCACGAGCGGUUUCAUGUUCUCCAGAGAGCUUGCCGUGCGUCUAUAUUUGAAAUAACGAAGUUUUUAAACUCAUAUUAAUAACGUGUGCAUGAUCAUCGAAGCACUCUGAUAUCCGAUCCUGUCAGAAGUGACUCUCUGUUGAGAGUGAAGUGCGAAAAAACAAAGGAGAAACCGGGAAAAAGCAGCAAAUGAUGCUUGCGGAACCUAAAACAUGAACAAACUGCCAUGUUUAACUAUCAUUAUCACCAUUUGGACUUUUGUGGACUAUUAUGAAAGGAAUGACUCUUUAACAGAGGCUACAUGUGAGAGGCUACAGAUGAGAGGUUUGCACUGACUGUGCACUGACUGUGGGCUAUAUUUCGUGUUUGUUUUUGAACCUAAAUAAGCACUAAAUGUCUGCUGUGUGUAGUUUUUCUGCAGUUGAUAACAUAUCGGUUACUGUAAGGGUCUGUAUGUGUUCAUAUAUGUUGCAUUUAUUUAUUUUCUUGAUAUAACUGCAGACAUUACAGUAGGCUAUUUGCAGUCAUUGAUCUGCAGUUAUAAUCAAAUCCUGUUCAUAGAAAAGUUAGUAAUGAACAUUUAUACAGAAGUAUUUAUGUGUAUAAAGCAUCUGUGUUGUGGGAAGUGCUGCUCAUAUGAUAUGUAAAUGACCCUUACGGCUUUACUGUAGACAUUUCCUGGAGUGAAAAUGAGAUCGGUGGAAAUAAAGAGUUUUUCAUUCUAUUACACAAA